UCACGUUAACGUCAAGACACGUUCAACAUUCAAAAUCUUUACGUUGUCGUUUUAAAGUAAUUCACAGUAUUUAUAUUAUAUUAUAAAGUGGUCUACUAGUAGCUACUCAUACAACGCGAUUAACUCUACGUACGGAGACUGUUGAUUAUGUUGUCGACAUCGCGAUCGACGAUUGCUUACACGGUUUGUAGGAUCCGCACAUAAAUUUGAUGGCCGCAUCGAAGGCUGCUCGACGUGGACAAAAACCACUGGUGCAGUACUCUACAACGAUCGAUGGAUUAAAUGCUUCGAUCCUGCCCGCCGUUGUACUGUCCACCGUCACCUGGUAUUUGUUACAGUACAUCGUGCAACCAUUGUUCGGUCCCGAUGAGUAUUAUAUAGACGAAGAAUUCCACGUGCCUCAAGCACAACACUAUUGCCGAGGAGAAUUUCAUAAAUGGGAUCCAAAAAUAACUACACUACCUGGACUUUAUUUGUUGUCAAGUAUUGUGUUAGUACCUUUUAUAAAGAUAUAUGACACAAUAUUGUCAUUAUUUGGUGUAUUGGAUAAUGAUGAUCUUCGAGUUAAUGAUCCAUGUUCUUUGGUUGCAUUGCGUGCUGUAAAUGCAGUAGGAGCUCCAGCAUGCUUAUAUUAUGCAUAUUAUCGUUGUCAGCUACUUCUUUUUCCGGAUGAAAAUAAGAAAACAAAGAUUACUAAAUGGACUUGUAUAUUCUUGGCACUGAAUGUAGCGACAUUCCCUGUUAUUUAUGCACCAUAUUCAAUGCUUUACUAUACAGAUGCAUGGGCUACAGCAUCUGUUUUCUUAUGGUACUCCAGUCAUUUGAGUAAUGAAACUCAUUCCUUGGUUAAAAUUAUAUUUGGCGGUUUUUCUGUUCUAUGUCGUCAGACAAACAUUGCAUGGUUAGUAUUUGCAUCCAUUAUAGAUGUGUGUCACUGCGCCGAACAAUGUUUUCCUACAAUAAAAAAUAGUGUUUCUAUAUUUUCAUACAUCCAAACUUCUAUUGCUGAAUUGUACUAUUGCUGUUCAAUUAAAAAAAAGAAUAAAUCCAAGAAGUUAAUAGAAUUUUUUCAGAAAUGUUUACGCCUCACCAGCCCAAGCAUCAUAGUUAUUGUAUCUUUCAUUUCAUUUGUGGUUUUGUUAAAUAAUGGUGACAUAGUUGUUGGUGAUCGACAUGCACAUAUUCCUCGUUUUCACCCAAUGCAAUUGUGCUACUUUGUGAUAUUUGUAUUAGCAUUUUCAUUACCGUGGUUAUUGUCUCAAACUUAUUAUCAAAGAAAGAUUUCUAAUUCUGUUAACAAACAUUUUAAUUUAGUUAAAGCUUUUAAUGAAAUUCACAAUAAUACAUCUAAAAUAUUUGUUCUAAUCUUAUUAAUAAUAAUAUCUGGAUUAGUGUAUUUUAAUACUAUAGCUCACCCAUAUUUGUUGGCUGACAAUAGGCAUUAUACAUUUUAUGUUUGGCGACUGUUGUUUAGUCCUAGUAAACCAGUCUUUUUAAGAUAUUUACCAGUACCAUUUUAUGCAUAUGGUCUAUGGUUAGUGGAUAGAACGUUGAUGCAAUCAUCAAUUGCUUAUAGAUUGGCAUAUUGGAUAGUAACACCCCUUAUUCUUUGUGCUCAGUUUUUGUUGGAGCCUCGUUAUUUUGUAGUACCUUAUCUCAUGUAUAGGUUACAUAGUAAUAUAUAUUUUACACAUUUUUAUACUUUUAAAGCAGCAUUUAUUGAAUUUAUAGCAUACCAAGUUUUUAAUUUUAUUAUUAUGUGGGUAUUUUUGUAUAGUCCUUUCAUUUCAACCAUGGACAAUACGGGUCGAUUGGAUCGCUUUACAUGGUGAUAUUUAUUGUUAAUUAUUACUAAAUUAUAAUUUAAAUUUUUAUUUUGUUUAAAAUUCUACAUUAUGUAAUGUGGGCUGGUUAUAUUUGUUUGACUGUGAUUUUGUUUUUUUAUGAUAAUGAUAGAUAAGCACAAAUAUAAAUAGAAAAUAUAAUUGAAUUGAAUUAUUAAAUUGUACAGUAUUUGUAACUGCAAUCAAAUGUUAGAAAUCUUAUAACUAUGUAAGCAAUAACUCGCCUAUCCGGUACUGAUAAAAAUGUAUAUUUUAAAAUUAACAAGUUGGUAAAACAAAUAUAAAACAUAAUUGAUAUAACUACAUCAUAGAAACGUAUGUUUGAGCAAAAUGUGAUUAUUUUUUUUAAUCAUUAAAAAUUAGAAAUAGAAGUAUUGGCAAAUUAAAUAUCAAUUAUAUUAUA